GAGUUGGUUGUCUGUUCAGUGUGGAUUUCUUUGGCAGCAGAGUCUACCACUGGAUCGGUCUGUCUACUCGUACUCCUACUCAUAGUCAUUGCAUUGUUGUGCGAGAGAAGUCGAACUUCGAUCCACCUCACGUGCUGAACAUGGAGGAGCAAAUGAGAGAGGUUGUUGACCGGGCCAGGGUGGAGUUCAAGGCUGGCAGGUUGAGAACCUAUGAUCAGCGCCGCUACUAUCUGCUGCAAAUCGACAGGUUCCUGAAGGAGCAAGAGGCCGCUAUCAUUGCCGCACAAAGAGCAGAUCUGAGGAAGACCCACAUGGAAGUGAUGUUGACUGAGGUGGCCACGUGCCGAGCGGAAAUCAGCGCGUAUCUGAAGAAGUUAAAGUCGUGGAUGAAGCCCGAGCAUGUGUCCAAGUCAAUUGUAUUCUUGGGCGAGAGUACCUACAUUCAACGUCAGCCCUAUGGCGUUGUAUUGAUCAUUGCCCCGUGGAACUACCCCUUCUAUCUACUACUUGUACCUCUUAUUGGAGCUAUUGCCGCUGGUAACUGUGUGGUUAUCAAGCCGUCGGAAGUCAGCGUGGAGUCAGAGAAGCUAGUCCGCGAGCAGCUGCACAAUUACUUGCCUGAGGAGUGUUUCCCAGUAGUGUGCGGAGGGCCAAGGAAGACCACGGAGCUGCUGAAGCAGCGCUUUGACUACAUCUUCUUCACCGGCUCCACUUUCGUCGGUCAAAUUGUCAUGAAGGCUGCGGCCGAGCAUCUCACGCCGGUCACGUUGGAGCUGAGUGGCAAGUGUCCAACGUUUGUGGAUGCAUCCAGCGACAUGCAGUGCGUAGCCAAUCGCAUCGUCGCCAACAAGUCGCUCAACAUCGGGCAGGCGUGCAUCUCCUAUGACUACAUCAUGUGCACGAAAGAAACUCAAGAGAGGUUGGUGAAGGCAAUGAAAACGUCCGUGGAAGAAUUCUUCGAGAACGACAUGCAGAAUUCGGCGUCGUGGGGCCGUGUCAUCAAUGCACGCCACUUUGAUCGAAUAUAUGGCAUGCUGGAGAACAGCAAAGGCCAGGUUGCAAUCGAUGGUGGUGUGGACAAGUCUGAUCUAUUCAUGGGUCUGACUGUUCUCACUGAUGUCAAGGAGAAUGACUCCACCAUGAAAGAUGAGAUCUUUGGACCACUGCUCGUUAUCAUGCCAGUCAGUGGACUUCAGGAAGCUAUCGACUUCAUCAAUAGCAAGGAGAAGCCAUUGGCGGCCUAUGUUCAUGCCAGGGAUAACGCUGUGAUUCGCGAGUUUGAGGAGAACACAUCGUCGGGAGCUUUGCUGUCGAAUGACUCUGCAAUGAACAUGUCAGUUCCUGAUCUACCGUUCGGUGGCGUUGGUCGCAGUGGUAUGGGCGCGUACCAUGGGAAGCUUACCUUUGAGACGUUUUCUCACCGGCGUGCUGUCAUGCAUCGCAAGCAAGCACUGGAGGGUGUCAAUAAGAAGCUGCGUUAUCCACCGUACACUGCGCAGAAGACUCGGCGCUUGAUGGCAGCGCUCUUCACCACCGAGGACACUCCGCACUAUGGCCUGUACAUCGGUGUCGGCCUUGUUCUCGUUGGUGCGCUGGUCGCUAUCGGCGUCACUCUCGGCGUCACUCUUUACUAGCGCCAGUCGCCCUGGACUGACUGAGCGUUACGCGAUGUGCAAGACAGCCUGCAAGACUGAUGCUUGAGCCAUGUCCGCUAGCUUGCACAUGAGUGCCAACAUGGAGAUUUACAUCCAUGGCUGCCGAUUGCCAACUCGACCACUACUACUACUUUGGACUACCAGUGGCUUUAAAACGUUUCUCUCACCUUUGCCGUGAAGAUCGUGUCCACGUAUUCAGUGUAGAGAUUACUUCACGUUGACAGAAGUGCUGCUUUCCUGUCACCUCUCCAACAUAGGACUUCGUGUACCCGUGCCACUGCUGAGCAAUUGUUUUUGCGGAUACAUCCUAGCAGUGCACUGCUGUAACUGCAGAGUGCAAUGCCGGUAUUUUGUUCACCUUUUUUUUAUGAAAGUGCACAUGCCUACAUAGAAUGGAAGAGAGCAACAACAACAACAACAACAACAACAACAACAACAACAACAACAACAGCAACAACAACAACAACAACAAGAGAACAUCAUCCCAGCAUUGUGCACACCAUGCCGAUGUUUUACCUAGCCUAGAAGAGCUGAAGAGAGUUUCAGUCCUGAGAUAUUGUUCUUGUUUCUGACGGUAGAGCGAUUCAUCACAUGCACCAGUGCUUACUACCCACCCUUCAACGGUUUUUUUUAAUUGAAGUAUUAUCUUCAGCAUCCUCAAGUUUUCCGAAGUAUUCAUACGUGUAAACGUUUGGUGACGUUGAAACAGUACAAUCCGUAUUAGUGUAGUAUUUCCUAUUUUAGACAUGUUAGGUUAGGUAUUGCACAUAGUCAUUUGGUGGAAAUGAUGGACUUCUACUACUAGGUUGCUGCUUGUGACGCUGCAUACUCAUACUGUUACAACUAAUUCCUAGUUUAUAGUACUCGGAUACAUGUACAUAUACCAGUCUGGAAUAAAAUUUUAAAAAAAUACAAUGCAGUUGUGUGAUGUCCACCAUUUUCUGAGUGGAAUAAAUUUGUACUGUAUAAAAAAACUACAUCUGGUGUUAUGGUGAUUUUUGGGGUUACAUUUUUUCCUUUUCUGGUUUUCUGGGUUUGCAUUUGUAUUGCAUUUUCAUCCAUUGUGUUUCUUUUGCCCGUAAAAGAGGCUUCUGACAUAG